AAAAUGAAAAAAGAAAAAGAAAAACCUAUAAUUGUCGUCGCCUCUUGGAGCUGAAAAGUCCAGCUUCGAUUACAUCAAAGAGCGUGAUGACGCGGGACACCAUAUUAUCAUGACGCCUCAUCCGUCUUCCUUCUCUCCUCCCUCUCUUCCUCUCCUCUUCUGCAAAUCCAUCCUCUGAAAAUUCUCUUUAAAUAUAUAUAUAUAUUUUAUAAAAUCCCGUUUUUACCCUCGCCUUUUUCUGUCAAUCCCGUCGUCGUCCCUGUUCCGGUUAUUCCACUCGUUGAGUCCCAUGGCUGGUUUCAGUCCGUACACGCUGCCAGUUCCUGAUCCCCAAGGGUGAAUCGGUAAAUACUGCGCGAUCGGAGGGUCUUUUUGUCCUUUUUGUUCCUCAUUCCUCCCGCUUCUCCUGGGUUCUGGUAUCUAGGGUUAGGGUUAGGGUUUUCGCCUCUCUAUGGAGCCUCGCGUGGGGAACAAGUUCCGCCUAGGUCGCAAGAUCGGCAGUGGAUCCUUUGGAGAGAUCUAUUUAGGUACGAAUAUUCAGACGAACGAGGAGGUCGGCAUCAAGCUUGAAAAUGUCAAGACAAAGCAUCCCCAAUUGUUAUAUGAAUCGAAGCUGUAUAGAAUCCUGCAGGGAGGAACCGGAGUUCCGAAUGUGAGAUGGUUUGGUGUGGAAGGGGACUAUAAUGUUCUUGUGAUGGAUUUAUUGGGACCAAGUCUGGAAGAUCUUUUCAAUUUUUGCAGCAGGAAACUGUCUUUAAAGACUGUUCUCAUGCUUGCAGAUCAAAUGAUCAACCGAGUUGAAUUUGUUCAUGGCAAAUCUUUUCUUCACCGAGAUAUCAAGCCUGAUAAUUUUCUCAUGGGCUUGGGGAGGCGUGCAAAUCAGGUAUACAUCAUUGACUUUGGGCUUGCUAAGAAGUAUAGAGAUACUUCAACCCACCAACAUAUUCCUUAUAGAGAGAAUAAGAGCUUGACUGGGACAGCUAGAUAUGCAAGCAUGAACACUCAUCUUGGCAUUGAACAAAGCCGGAGGGAUGAUCUAGAAUCGCUUGGAUAUGUUCUUAUGUAUUUCUUAAGAGGAAGUCUUCCUUGGCAGGGUUUAAAAGCAGGAACUAAGAAACAGAAGUAUGAAAAAAUCAGCGAAAGAAAGGUUUCCACAUCUAUUGAGGCCUUAUGUCGGGGUUAUCCAACUGAAUUUGCGUCAUACUUCCAUUACUGCCGUUCGCUUCGUUUUGAUGAUAAGCCAGACUAUGCUUAUCUGAAGAGAAUAUUCCGUGACCUUUUUAUUCGUGAAGGCUUUCAGUUUGAUUAUGUCUUUGACUGGACCAUUUUGAAGUAUCAACAAUCACAGAUUGCAACUGCUCCUCCACGUAAUCUUGGUCCUAGUGCUGGAACAAGCUCUGGAAUGCCCCCUGUCAUUGCCAGUGCAGAUAGGCAGUCAGGUGGUGAGGAAGGAAGACAAGCUGGUUGGUUGGCGAAUGAUCCUUCUCGUAGGAGAAUCCCAGGGCCUGCUAUAAAUGCUGGGAGCUUAUCGAAGCAGAAAAACCCAGUUGCAGCUGAUUCAGCUGUCACGAAAGAUGCUAUGGUGAGUCCACAUCUUCGUGACAAUCCUCUCAAACUGUCCAGUUCCACGUUCCUGGGGCGAUCAAGCGGAUCUUCGAGACGAGCUGUUGUUUCCAGUAGCCGUGAUGCGGUCUUGGGGAGCGAGGGUGACCCAUCUCGUCCCCGCACCACAGAGGCAAGCCCCGGAGGGUUCCGCAAGGUCGUGGGUGGGCAGAGAAGUUCGCCCGUUGGCUCCUCGGAACCCAAGCGCUCAUCUUCUGCCAGGAACAACUCCAGCAUAAAGAACUAUGAGUCUACACUCAAGGGUAUGGAGAACCUGAAAUUCGACACGGACGAGCGCCUGCAGUAUUAGCCGAGGCUGUUUUGUGUACUUCUAUUUCACCCUACCCUCUUUUGUAAAUCAUGAACUGGUGUACUAAUACACAGUCGGGAGUGAAGUUCUUGUUACAUUGAGUUGCGAUUUGAGGGGAGCUAUAUAUCAUUUGGGACCUAGGAUGGUUACUGCUGUGCUGGUCAGGAAAGGCUACUUUUCAAAGGCCUACCACACAAUAAGAGGAAAAGGUGUCCAAGGAGUCGUGCCUAACUGAGCCACCAAGCUGAGGUAAGGUUCUGUCCAUAUGUUUCAAGUUGUGUUGGCGUGGGUCCUGCUGUUUCUUUUAGCCUUACCAUUUCAUUCCGUACAUUCCAAUGUUUUUUGUUAAAAUUUUUUAAAUAUCAUUUUAUGUUUUACGUCUGUGCCAGGCGACUCAUUUCAAA